UGAUGUGUAAAGAAAACAAAGAAAGAAAAAGGAAGGAGAUAUAGAGUGAAUUAAAACAAUGGAAUGAAAAUCAGUGAGAGAUAAGAAGAGGUAAGUUAAGAGAGAAGGUGAAGUGAGUAAUGAAAUUAAUAGGAAAGUCAAGAAGAGAUGAACUGUAAAAAAAUGAAGAUAAAAAAGGAGAAUUCAAAAAAGAGGAAGAGAAAGGAAAGAAGUGAAUAAGAAUAUAAAAGAAAAAAAAGAGGAGCUUAGUAAAUAUAGAUCUGACUUUGAUCAAUACAAUUAAAUUAGUUUUGAACUUAAACAGUUCAAGGUCUCAUGUCUCAUUUCAAAAAGUCACAGUUCAUUGCACACACAAACAUACCAAUCUAUCACAUGACUAAAAAUAAACCUGGAAAAACCCACUUCUAUGUCAGACUUCAUAUCUACUGUACCUCUGGUUAUAAAGCAAGUAUUUUAAGGAUAUUUCAAGAUGGCUACUAGUGAUCUGAAUCAGUUUCUGGAAAAUGUUAAUGAGAAGGUCCUAGAGUGUACCAUCUGCUUUAAGAGACUUCAAAAUCCUAAAUCCCUCAACUGCCUUCAUAGUUUCUGUUUGGCAUGUCUAGAAGACUGGGUUAAAACUAAGGGAAAGCUGAUUUGUCCAACUUGCUCAAAAUCAUAUCCCAUUCCAGAGGGCGGACUUCAGAAGCUUCCACCAAAUACAUUUAUAAAUAACUUAUUAGAAACUAUUGAACAAUUUUCUGGAAAAGAUCAGAUAAAAUGUGCUUGUAAAAAAAGAGAAUCAGCAAUAUAUUACUGCCAGGAUUGCAGACAGUACUUGUGUUUGACUGGUAGUGAAUAUCAUAAUGAAUUUCGGCUCUUUGCAAACCACAAGUUACAUUCAAUGGAAGAUGUGCGAUCAAUGAGCCCUUCACAGAUGACGUUACUUCAUCCACCACAGUGUUUGCAGCAUAACAAACCCUUAGAGUUUUAUUGCACAGAGUGUAAAACACCAAUAUGCAUGCAUUGCACAAUUACUGACCACAAUGCAUGGGAAGGAAAUCACAAACCAAUCAGCAUUUCUAAAGCAUUUCAGACAUUUAAAGAAACUUCCGAAGCAUUACAGAAAUCUGCCUAUGACUAAAUAAAGAAAUUGCAAGAUGGCCUCCAAGCAGUUGUUCGGAAUGCUACAAAAUUAGGGCAAAGUAAAGAUACUACUCUGAGAGAUAUUGACAAUCAUGUACAAGUAAUGAUAAGGAAAAUCAAAGAGAAUGGUGACAAAAUUAAAAAUGAAGUAGAGACAAUAUACAAAACGAAAACGAAGGUAAACGAUGUGCAAAUGGAUGAUUUGAAAACAACAAUAUCUGAUAUAAAUACAAAACUGAGUUUUCUAAAUCAGCUUUUGAAGAGUGAUGAAGCAACAGCAAUGCAGUCAAGUGAAAGAGUAAUUACAGCACUGAAGGACAGAAUCAAUGAAUUGCCAAAAACAAAGCCAGAUGAUAAUGGACAAAUUAAAUUUGUUAUCAAUGAGAAUCAGCUCGAUUCAUUGCAACAAUGUGAUAUUGGGUAUGUAUCACAGGGAGCAGCAGAUUGCCUAACACUGAAGGGAGGGGAAUCUGUGACCCAAGGUCAGACAAUUGUUGUCAAAAUAAUAAAAACAGAUGAAUGUGAAAUAAAUGCAAAUCAACUGAAGGCAACUUGGACACAGCCUACAGGAGAAAUCAAUGUCACUCAAGUUCAGGAAGAUGACAAUGGAGAUUAUGUUGUGAUAGGAAAAUGCACCAGUACAGGUGCUUGUAAAUUAGAUGUGAGUGCCAACAGCGAACCAAUCAAGCAGUCACCAGUGAUAGUGAAAGUAGAGAAGGAAGGAUUAAUAAAUACUAUUGAUACAAACAAACAAAAUGCUGAUGUAGUUAAGUAUGAAGAUGAUUGCUUACUGGUUUCAUGUUGGACAAAUGAAAUAUUGAAGUACAAGCAAUCGGGAGAAUAUAUUGGUAAGGUUAUGCUACCGCAGGGUGUAAAGGUUUCCACAAUGUUUAAGAUGAGGAGUGGUAACAUAGCAUUCAGUGACGAUCUGAAGAAAUGCAUCAAAGUAUGCAAUAUGAAUGGUCAGGUGGUCAAAUCAAUUGGUCAGGGAGUACUGAAGGAUCCAGCUGGUAUAUACGUAGAUGAAACAUCAAAUAUUGUGUAUGUAGCAGACUGGGGUGAUUAUUGUGUGUUAAUGUUUGACAAUUGUAGUAGUCAGAUGAUAAGGAGGAUAUGGUCACUAGGCAAAGAAGGCAGUCUAAUGAGUGGAGUUUUUGAUGUUACUCUUACUAGUGAAGGACACCUUCUAGUAUUGGAAUAUACAAACAGCAGAUUACAAUUAUUUGAUAAUGAGGGAAGGUUCAUUAAAGUCCUUGUUGAAGCAGGUAAUGAGAAUGGUAAGGUGAGGAAUCCAGGUGGAGUAGUAAUUGAUGAGGAUGACAACAUCAUUAUAGCAAGUAAAAACAAACUACAGCUGUUCAGUAGUGAUGGAUCUUUCAUGAAAAGAAUUGAUAAACCAGAAGAUAAAAUCAAAAGUCCAUGGGGAUUAUCUGUAAUUUCACAUCAUCCAAGGAGACUUGCAGUAGCAAAUUGUGGUAACAAAACUGUAAAAAUAUUCAAUUAUUGAAUACAGCCUACUAUUGCUGUGCUGUUUGCAUCAAUGUACAUAUUCUAUUUACAAUAAUACACUAUGAAAUUAACUACAUAUCAUUAUUUCAUAAAAUUCAUAUAGAUUUGAAGUUGUGGUGACCAAAACGUAUGAACUAUUCAACUUUAUAUUGAUACUACAGUCGCAAUCACUUGUAAUGUUUUAUUUUCAUUUAUUUUGAAUCACAUAUUAUAUAAUGAAUACCAACAAACAUUUAUUAUUAUUUAAAAUUUAAAUUAGUAACAUGCAUUGAGUCAGACCCAUUGUAUCCAUGUAUGAUUUAUGAGAAUGCUACACAAUGCACAAGCUGCAAAUUAAAUUUAAGUUUAACUCAUAUCCUACAAUUGCAAAUAUUUGAAUCAAUUCACGUCUAGCUGAAUAUUCGGUGAAGAUACUUUCAAGAACAAUUCUGUUAAAUCUCACAGUUUUAUUACAAUUGAGAAUUAGUUUCAUUAUUUUGAUCAAAAAGUUUUUUAUCUGUCGAAGAUGGU